CUAGAGUCCAUUGGCGGUAUGCUUUACGCCACUGCAUCCAAUGCUUUGCAUUGCACUUGGUGUUGUAAGAUUUGGAUGCAGCUGCUCGGCCAUGGAAACCCAUUCCAUGAAGCUCUCUACUCACUGUUAUUGUGAUAAUCUGAAGGCCACACGAAGUUUGGAGGUCUUUACUGUUGACUCUGCAGACAGUUGGCGACUUCUCCACACUGUGCGCUUCAGCAUGCACUGACCCUGCUCUGUCAUUUUAUGUGGCCUACCACUUCGUGGCUGAGUUGCUGUUGUUCCCAGUUGCUUCCACUGUAUUAUAAUCCACUAACAGUUGACCGUGGAAUAUUUAGUAGCAAGGAAAUGUCACGGAUGGACUUAUUACCCAUUCUUUCCCAAAUGUUUGUAGAAGUCAUCUGCAU